AAUUUUGAAUAAUUCGAAUAUUUAAUUAAUUUAUAUUUGAGUUUGGUACUACUUUUUUGGACGAGAUCGGUUUGGUUUUUCAGAUUCAGAUAUUUUGCCUAGCUCUUAUAUUAUUGACAUGAAAAAUAAAUAGAAACAUAUUUUUGAAAAAUAUACAUGCGCGGGUCAAAGUCUAGUUUUUCUUUGAAAGCUUUAGCAACCCAGUGCUUAAUGUUAAAAGUUGACUGCUAGAGAUGUAAAGUUCAAUCUUCUUUCUAGUGAUUAACUUCUUCUUUUUUUGAAAGAAUUCUAAAUUUACCACAAAUUUAAUACCAGUUUCCGAAUUACUUUUAAAUGAUGAUCAUUUUCACAAAUACUCCAAAUUUGUGAUAAAAAUUAAACAAAUUCUUUUAAAUCAUUUAUAAAUAUUUAUUUAUCAUUUACAAAAGUUAUAAUCCCAACCACACCCCUUAAGUACCUUAACCAAAAAUCACUAAAUUCUAAACACAAAUGUUAAAAUAUUUUUGAUUAUAAGUAUUUUUUAGAAAUGUUAACCAAUUUAUAGUGAGCUAAAGUCUGUUAGUCCAUAACUACUAUCUUCAAACAAUUUUUUAUUUCUUUGUGUGUUUAAUCAUUAGGGAUUAUUAAACUGUUAGUCCAUAACUAUUAUUUGUUUAUAUCCAUCCCUCUGAGUGUGAAAUUUGGAAAGAGAAGGAGAAGUGAGCUAAAGUCUGAGGUUAUUUGCAUGGGAGCUUCAAACACUCCUUAAAUGGAGCCCUUAAAUGUCGAUAUUCCUUUGAAACUGUCCUCUCUCUCUCUCUCUUUUAUUUUAAACCAGUCUCCUACUUUCUAGGAUCAUUAUUCACAUUCAACCUAAUCUUCAUCAAAUGAUCUAAUUUGCCUAGUGGAAUUGGAGAAGAAAAAAGAACUGAAUGAGCAUACUAGCGGAUCAAGUAGGAGAAGGAAUCGAAGAGGGAUGCAUCCAUGAAGACAGAUCAGCUGAUGCUUCUUGACCUUUUAUCCUUCUCCUCGGCUUUUCUCAGAUGGAAUGGCAGAUCCUUCUAGCUAUGUCAAUCACGACCGUGACGUCGACCAAGCACUCAUUGCUUUGAAAAAAGGUUGUCAAUUACUUAAGUAUAGUCGGAAAGGGAGGCCUAAGUUUCGCUCUUUCAGGCUUUCACGGGAUGAAACAGCAUUGCUUUGGCUCUCACACGGAGAAGAAAAAAGUUUGAAGUUAUCUACAGUUUCACGACUUCUCCCUGGACAAAGAACUGCUGUUUUUCGAAGAUAUUUACGUCCAGAAAAAGAUUACUUGUCAUUCUCUCUUAUAUAUCACAACGGAGAUAGAUCUCUUGAUCUGAUCUGCAAGGACAAAGCAGAGACAGAAGUUUGGUUUACAGGACUUAAGUCUUUAAUUAGAAAAAACCAUAACAAGCAAGCUAGAAGUGAGGUCCCUGAGGUGUGUGUGUAUUUGUAUUUAUAUUAUAUAUCAUACUCAAACAUAUCUAACAAACCCCUACAUUUUGUUCAGAUACAUGACAGUGAUAUUUUCUCAACUGGUCGUCCUUCAACUGCAUCAUUAGAAUUUAUACCAAACAACAAUACUCGCAGAGGAAGAACAUCCCUUGAUUUAGGACCACGUAAUAAUAACUCUCCGAUUCCUUUCAGAGACUCAGAUGUCGCUUCGGAACGUAUAAGCAUGCUAAGACCAAGUACUGAUGGUUUUCGGAUUAGUAUCUCAAGCACACCAAGUUGUUCUAGUGGAGGGUCCGGUGGUCCUGAUGACAUUGAGUCUUUAGGUGAUGUUUAUGUCUGGGGUGAAGUUUGGAGUGACGGGAUAUCAUCAUCAUACAAUGGCACCAUGAACUCAAAAACCGUGAGAACAGAUGUACUUAUUCCAAGACCCUUAGAAUCAAACGUUGUUCUUGAUGUUCAUCAGAUUGCUUGCGGCAUAAGGCACAUCUCUCUUGUGACAAGACAAGGUGAAGUGUUUACAUGGGGAGAAGAAGCUGGAGGAAGGCUUGGACAUGGUAUUCAAGUCGAUGUUAGUCGUCCAAAACUCGUUGAGUUUCUUGCUUUGACCAACAUUGAUUUUGUUGCUUGUGGAGAGUAUCAUACUUGUGCUGUAUCUACCGCUGGAGACUUGUUUACUUGGGGAGAUGGAAUCCAUAACGUUGGUCUAUUAGGACAUGGUAGCGAUCUUAGUCACUGGAUACCAAAAAGAGUAUCUGGUCCUGUUGAAGGACUUCAGGUCUUGUCUGUCGCUUGUGGCACAUGGCAUUCUGCGCUAGCAACUGCUAAUGGGAAGUUAUUCACUUUUGGCGAUGGAGCGUUUGGUGUUCUUGGACAUGGAGAUAGAGAGAGUGUUUCGUAUCCUAAAGAAGUGAAAAUGUUGAGUGGCCUUAAAACCAUGAAAGUAGCUUGCGGAGUGUGGCAUACCGUGGCUAUAGUCGAGGUUAUCAAUCAGACCAGUACGAGUGUUUCAUCUAGAAAGUUGUUUACUUGGGGUGAUGGUGAUAAAAACAGGUUAGGACAUGGGAACAAAGAGACUUACUUGAUUCCAACUUGUGUCUCUUCACUAAUUGACUACAACUUCCACCAAAUAGCUUGUGGUAAUACAUUGACAGUUGCACUCACUACCUCGGGUCAUGUUUUCACUAUGGGAGGAACUUCACAUGGUCAGCUCGGUAGCUCGAAUUCAGAUGGUAAAUUGCCUUGUUUGGUUCAAGAUCGAUUGGUCGGUGAAUUUGUUGAGGAAAUUGCUAGUGGAGACCAUCAUGUUGCUGUGUUAACAUCUAGAAAUGAAGUCUUCACUUGGGGAAAAGGCUCUAAUGGAAGACUAGGACAUGGAGACACCGAAGAUCGAAAAACGCCAACAUUAGUUGAAGCUCUAAAAGAGAGGCAUGUGAAGAGCAUAUCAUGUGGCUCUAACUUUACAUCAAGCAUAUGCAUCCAUAAGUGGGUCUCAGGAGCUGAUCAAUCAGUUUGCUCUGGUUGUCGUCAACCAUUCGGUUUUACAAGAAAGAGACAUAACUGUUACAACUGCGGUUUAGUGCACUGUCAUGCUUGUAGUUCCAAGAAAGCUUUGAAGGCAGCACUAGCUCCAACUCCAGGGAAGCCACACCGUGUAUGUGAUGCUUGUUACGCUAAACUUAAAGCUGGAGGGGAUAACUCUAACGCUGCUAAUAGAUACAACACAACUCCUAGCGCGGUAAGACCGGUCAGAGAAACAAGGUCGUCAAGGAUUAUAUUGACACCAAAAACAGAACCAGUCAAGUACUCUGAAGUUAGGUCAUCAAGAUCUGAGUCUUCUAUUGUCAGAUCCUCACAAGUCCCAGCUCUUCAACAACUUAAAGAUGUUGCAUUCCCGAGCUCCCUUAGCGCUAUUCAAAAUGCUUUUAAACCAAAUUCAACAUCAAGAAGAGGAGGAAGCCCUCCACGCAGUUCUGGAUUUUCUAGGAGCGUGGUUGAUAAUUUGAAGAAGACAAGUGGUAAAAUUAACCAAGAAAUGACAAAAUUGCAGAGCCAGGUUAGAAAACUGAAACAGAAAUGUGAUAGUCAAGGCAUAGAGAUUCAAAGAUUAAGGAAAACAGCAAGAGAAGCUUCUGAAUUAGCUAUAAGGCAUUCUUCAAAGCAUAAAGCAGCAACAGAGGUCAUGAAAUCUGUGGCUGAACAUUUGAGAGAGUUGAAGGAGAAACUACCCCCUGAAGUAUCUAAAUGUGAAGCUUUUGAAUCCAUGAAUUCUCAAGCUGAAGCCUAUCUAAAUGCGAGCGAAGCAGCUGAAACAUCUCAAGACACAACUCUUUCUGAAAACUCACAAGACCAAAACAUAGAAGAACAUCCAUCAUCAUCUAAUGGAGGUGCCAUGAUGUCUCAAGAACCUUCAAACACAACAAAUAUAAAUCCUCACCCGUCGGAUUCAAGGCCACCAGCAGAAGCUUCAUCAUCACCAUCAAAAUCAGGAGGCAAGGAGCUUAUCGAACAAUUUGAACCUGGUGUUUAUGUUACUUAUGUAUUGCACAAAAAUGGUGGAAAGAUCUUUAGAAGAGUUAGAUUCAGUAAACGGAGAUUUGAUGAGCAUCAAGCAGAAGAAUGGUGGAAUAGCAAAAAAGAUAGGAUGCUUAAGAGUUAUAGUCAUCAGGUUUCAUCAUCAGGUCCCAUGGCUACCGAGUCAGUUCCUACACCAACUUCAGUUCAACCGCCAUCUUCGCCGACACAGCCAAAUUCUGAUGAUCAAGAAGGGGGGUUAAAAUAAGUUCUUGAAAGCUGGUUAUGUGUAUACUAGUAAUUGACUUAAUAGAUUGGAGAACAAGGCAUCAUUGGGUGUCACUACUGUAGAUCUGAGUAACCCAAAGUAGAUACAAAGAUUUAAAUGUUUCUUUGCAGUCAAAAUUCACGGUUUCUAGGUUUCAAACCUUGAAUAUUUGAGGUGGGAACCAAACAAAGUUUAUUUCCAGUAGAUCAUUAGCAACAGCAGGUACAGUCGCAACCACUGGUUCCCUGUUUUUGGCGACUUGCUGGUUUCAUAGUUUAAUAUAACGGUGAUGAACUCCUAAUUCCAAUUAAUUCUUUGUUUUUUUGUAAAUAUCAUUAACUUGGUAAUGAAAAUCUGAUUACAAGAACGUGCAAUCUCAUCUGCUAUAAAGCUAAUCAGAUGCAAAAGACCGUAAAAAAUAUAAAAAACUUUAAGUAUCUCUUUUAAAUAGUAGAAAUUGAUCAAAAGAACAAUACUUUGAUCUACCACUGAUAUACUAUGAAUUUUACUGGUUUUUAUCCAUAGCAUAAGCCUUAUUUAUAGUUUUUAUAUUAUGUUUCGAGUAUAUUUUAGAAUCUUUUCAGGUCCAUAUAUAUUUUGGAGCACUAUGGAGAUCAUGAAGCUAUUUGGAACAUAAAGAUGAGAAAACUCGUAGUUAUUCAAGAAAAUAGAAUUCAAGCCGAGUUUUGGAAAG